GUGAAGGGUACGUGGAGCACUGCCGGGGGGGCCAGACUUCAGGUCCUUCGAAGGGCACAGUUCCCCCUCCGAACAUGAGGACAGCCAGCAGGUGCCUGCUAGUCUCCUGCUAAUCUCCUGAUAGUCUCAUAAAUCAGACUUUAGAGUGAUAUCUGAUGGCAAACAAGCUCAAAUCAUGGGUGAGCAGGGCGUUUAACUUUCUUUUGCUUGAUAUUUUGUUUCAACCGAUGAUGUUGCAGGAUCUGUGCGCGUGUAAUUUAACAUAAACUCAGCAGUAGUAAAGUCUACAAAAGUGUUGAAUCAACCGACCACCAUCGAAAUUUUCUUAUUAAAAUUCCACUCGGAAAGUUUCAUCCACUCGUGCAAAUGAGUUUCUCUAGGGUGGAAGACCUCGUGGGGCGCAACGCCCCUUCGCAGUUUCUGGUUUCCGGCCCAGGCUUUGUGCCGUCUCCCCCCAGCAGUUCUGCUAGAACAUACUAGGACUGAUUAGACUUCUGAAUGCCCACAGCUUCAGUAGUAGGAAAGUUAGCUGCUGACGUAAUACACCAGUCCAGGACUCUUCGCAAAACAGAGUCAUGCAAUGAGUCCCUUUUGAUUCCAAACCACGACCAGCAGAUCUCACCAAAGAUACUUGAUGUUAAAUCUUUGAUCACUCUGGAGUUCCUCAGUUGAACCAAAAGUAUCAGAACCUAUCGCAGAUUCUGGGCUGCUGUGCUGGCACUACAUGUUCCUUGAGUCCAUGGUUGGUUUACUGGUUUUCUAACAUCGAUCCUGGGAUGGAUCCAUGGUAGGUAAACCCGGACACCAAAGCCCACCCACUUCCUGGAGCCAAUCACCAGCGAAUGCUGCAAGAAAGCUUGCAAGCGUCUUUAUGAGUUCUUCUGUGCCGGUGCAGGGAUUGCAUCAGUUGACCUGAAGAUGACAUCUUGUCAGUAUCCUGUUAGCUCGUGUAACCGGAUAUGUACAGGGUGAGUGUCCCCGGCCCCUUACCAAGAGUGGAGUGAAGAGUCGUAAUAGCGAUUGUCACCUUCAGAGUCCGACAUAUUGGAGUUGAUGUAGAAAAGCACUUCAGGAAAAAACGAACCUAGAGUUUGUUGAAACUGGGGGGAAAUGACAUGUUGAUUGCUAUUCACUACAGCUGGGAGCAACCCCAGGGCCACGGCUGUUACACUUCAAACCAUAUGCUUUGCUGCCCUUUAUCACUGACCUUUUUGAAGAGCUUCCUUUCAGCCGGAAUACCAGCCAAUUACACAGACCGCACAACCGGGGAGAGUAGAACCUGCGUCUGAAUACCAAUCAGUUAAGAGGGUGCGCUCUCUCCCCCCCCUCCGCUACUUGUGUGGCCGUCCAUCCCUGCUGUUCUGGGGUCGUCCCACGGACCUCCGCUGGGCGUCUCCCACGGACGAGCUCUUUCACGUCUCUUUGGCCUCCAGAGAAAAGCUCUGUCUAUCUCAAUGGCUUCUACUCUAACAAAGGAGAGGAAGCUGUGUGCCCACCCGUACGUCGAAGUCUACAGCCUGGGCCGCGUCCAGUACAUGGUCCCGCUGGCCCGCCAGGGAGACUUCUACGUGCCUGAGCUCCGCCAAUCAGAGAGGAGGGUUUCCGCAGGCGAGUUGUCAGGGAGUGAGUCAGACGUCUCAGGUGCGGACUCCAACAGCGAGUACAGCUCGGAGAGCGGGGUGCUCCUGAGCGACAGCCGGGAGGGCUCCGUCGCCAGGUCCUCGCCGUCCAGGCGCUCCCAGGGCCGGGAGAGGCGGACGGAGGGCUCCCGGGAGAGGGGCCCCAACGCCGCCGCCACCUUUAGAGGCCCGACCGGGCGGGGCCGAGGGGCCGGGCGGGGCCGAGGGGCCGGGGGCGAAGGCCCGGUCGUUAGUGAGGAGAACCACCAGGAGAAGACGGGAGAGGCGGCCGUGGGGGGUGGGGAGGAGUGAGUCACGGCGCCUUUAGGAGGCAGAGAGGGAUCCAUGUUGGUGGUGGGAGAGAAAACCUUGAAAUUUUUUUUUUAUUAGUUUUUAGAAAUUAUUCAUUUUAUGUGAAUUGCUUGAACUAUUUCUAGUCCUCGUGUUUUUUAAAUGGUUGGAUUCAUGUUUGAUUCAAUUUUUUAUUUAGUCUGUGUUUUAUAUUAAGUAUUGACAGGUUUUACUGCCAUGAUCAAGUUGGUAAACUGUAUUGGUAUUCAGUAUUAUAUCUGUAAACCAUAGCCAAUUAUAUAUAUAUAUAUAUAUAUAUAUAUAUAUAUGAAAAAAUAGUGCCUAUACACGUUGGGUUGAAAUAGAUCAAGCAAAAAAAACAAUCUGACUUGAAACAAAACUGACGUUUUAGAAAUGUUAUCGUUAUGUGAAGCGUUACUGCCAGUAAAAUGUGUAUUUGUUUUUAAUAA